UUGCCAACAAAGUGAGUGAGACGAACUUGAUUUGCCACCAAGUUUGAAUAUUCACCGAAAAAGCACCAACUCAUGGCUAAAACUCCUCGUUUUUUGAGAUGAAACGUUGUUCAAAACUACAUUUUAUAGUAGCUUAGCCUCGGCUUGUUCUUAAUUUGUUCUUAACCUUUGACCAAUUUUGAGGCUCGUAUUCUUCUGAGAUUGUUUUUAUAAAAAGAGCGUAGUGGACAUUUCAUGCCGUGGCGCAAAGAAUACGCUCAAAAGAGUUAUCCUCCGUCGGCCUCAAACAACUGUUAAAAUUUAAAAAGUUUCAGUUACAACCAUGAAUUAGACGAAUAAUUAUCAUGUUUAUGGUAACUCAUAGCAACAUGACAGGUUUCAUUGCUUCUGCUCACUGAAGCGAAUCAACUAAUUGGCGCGAACAUCACGUCACCAGCCAAAAUGGCGGCCCGCUCGCAGCGUUUUUGGAGAGCUGCGGAUUUUUUUCAAAAAUCUCGCCAAUAUUAGAACCGGAUUUGCAUAAUAUUUGCGAAAGUCUGUUCAAACAAUUUUAUUUUAUGAUUUAUGGAAAACAUGUGAAUUGGUUGCAUGGGAAUGGAGAAGUUUUUGAACUUUCAGACGAUGCCUCAUCUUUGAAUGGAUGCGUGACAUACAGAAAGGAUGCAACAAUUAGGCCAGUUUGCCGGGAAAUGAAAUUUUCUGAUAGAGCAAAGAUUCUGAAAAGAAACAACAUUGAAUCCGACACAUUCACUCUGGCAAGUUUUGUCUGCAAAAACAACGGAGUUAAUUGCCACGGAUCAAGCAACUAAAGAGAUAUUCAGCGUUGUGGCAAAAUAGAAGACGCAAAAAGGACAACAGAUAACAAAAAUCGCAAAACUAUUUCUGUUGAUUUGUUUUUGCUGCUGUGGAAAAUAAAAGAGAAACAAGUGAAGUACAAGAAAGGUGAGAUAAAACAAAGUGCUGACAAACGCUGAUAAAUAAAACUGUACAAGACAAGUUGGAAUGAAACUAAAACGCUGAAUUUGCACCGCUUUGAAACGCAAGGAAGGGAUUGCAAUCUGUUAAAAAACUUGGGAAUUAAAAACUUGAAACAGAGAACAACUUGUUGAAUCCUAAAAUUUCAAGAAAUAGAGCUUUACAAAAUAGAACUUCGUCAAGUUAAAUUGCUGUUUUGCUGAGGCAUCUUUACGUAACAUUGAAUCGCAAAUCGAAACAAGAGGCGUAACAUCGAAUGCCCGCGAAUUUUCUUAUGGGUUUUAAUGGGAGCAGUACUGAAUACCGCGGGUGCGGCUGAAAUCGCAGCAGAGCUCGCGUGUUGCGCGUGUUCCUCCGUUUGUGGUUUUCUCUGUAAAGAUCAAGCCACGCGGGCGAAACUUCGAUACUGUACGAUACUUUUAUUUGCAACAAUCAUGUGCUUUGUAAUGCUCGUUCCGGGAAUGCGUCGAAGUAUCGACAGAAUACCGAACUUUUGCGGGAAACUCGUUACAAGUGAGACCUGCGACAGAUUUUUCGGUUUCGGCGCGGUGUACCGCAUAAUGUUAUCAAUGACAAGCUUUUAUGGUAUAUUCGCACUUUGGACAAUCCGCGUCACACGGACAAAUAGUUUUCGCGCGAAAGUACACAACGGAUUCUGGAUCGCAAAGUUAGUCAUAUUAGGCGGUAUAACGGCUGGAACGUUUUUUAUACCGAAGAAAUCCGAGUUUUUCCGUAUAUGGAUGUAUGCGUGCUUGGUCGGUGGUUUUGUAUUUAUGAUGUAUCAAAUAGUGAUGGUGAUAGACUUCGGACAUUCGUGGAGCGUUUCAUGGGCGGAAAAACUCGACUCAAAUAGUUCCAAACUCUGGUAUUUAGCAAUGGUCCUAUCAACUAUAUUAAUGUUCGUAAUUUCGCUUGCGGCAGUUGCGACGUUUUAUGUCUUCUUCGCGGGUUCGCAAGCGUUCAAACAGUGCAAAGCGAACAUGUUCUACAUCACUUUUGUUGUCAUUCAAUGUUUCCUAGCAACAGUAAUAUCUGUAAUACCCACAGUGCAACAGGAGCUUGAAGGAGCUGGUCUGUUACAAUCAUCAGUGGUGAUUCUGUAUACGGUGUAUCUCACAUUUAACACGUUGUCCACCGAGCCGGAUGCGAUUUGCAACCCUCUUGGAAAGGUGAUAUUAGAUUAUGACAAAAUGUCAGGAAUAAACGGCGAGGCACUUUUCGGAUGCCUGUUAACAUUUGCGUUGAUAAUCUUCGCGUGUACAGUGCGUGCGCAUACAACGCAUUUCGGAAAAUACGGACUGGCUCUUUCGGAAUCCGAGGAGUAUGCGCUAACGACUUUUAUGAAGCAACAAGAGAAAAUGCCAAAGGAUGGCGAGCAGCCUGAAAUAUCUCUUGAUGAUUUUGUGGGCUGCAAUUAUUCGUUGUUUCAUUUCAUAAUGGCAUUGGCAUCAUUACAUCUUCUUAUGAUUCUUACGAACUGGCAUUCACCCGAUCAAAGGUCAAGCAUGAAGCGACUUGUUAAAAACUGGGCCUCUGUUUGGGUGCAAAUGGCAUCGAGUUUCAUUUGUAUAUUGAUAUACAUAUGGUUUUUAGUUACCCCCCUAAUAAGAAAGUUGUGGGGUCCACUGUUUGGGAUACCGUUAAAUGAGGAUGUUUAUAAAAGGUUCAAUGACCAAGGUCAUAAUAUCAUAGUAGCAAAGGACAAGGUAGCAAAGGACAAUGUAGCAAAGGACAGUGUAGGAAGGGACAAAGUAGUAAAGGACAAUAUAUUAAAGGGUAGGUCAAAUGACAAAAAAGAAGACGGGGGUACGCUUGAGAAAUACAGCAAUGACGUUGGUGAUAAAUUUGAGCCGGACAUAUCAAUGGGAAGCAUCAAAAGGUUGAAAUCCAUGGAGAGUUUACGAUCUGCAGUUUCCUCUGUGACAAAACGCAAAUCGAGGCUGAAACAUGAUGGAGAUGGUAGCCGGUCACAAGUAAACUAUUCCGAUCAAUCAAAUGAUAAAUUUGUUGAUAAUGAAAAACAACAUAGAACAAAAAGAAAAGGCCUAACGCGGUUCGGUUCGAUCGAAAGUUUACGAUCCGGAUUUUCGGUAAUAUCCACGGCAACAAGUGAAGUUAGAGAAAAAAUUAAGAGAAAAUUAAAGAGGAAGAAGAAAGAGGAUAAAAUCAGAGAAAAUGAGCAAUGUGAUGAUGAUUCUAAAGUAAAUAUAAACAAUGUCGAUGAGACGAAAGGUGUCCGGAAAGAAAAUGAAGGGCGGGUUUUAAAAUUGAAAAAUUCCUUUGUAAAUAGUAGGAAACCGGGAGAGGAGCGGAUGAGAACUAUCCAAGACCGGUUACAACGAAGCUACGAUAGUAAUUGGUCAGAUGGUAAAAGGAAAAAUAGAAGCAGACCCGUCAAUAACAUGGAACCGUUGACUCAAGAUGUGACGUCAGGGAAACAGUUACCAGAGAGACAGUUGCUAGGGAAACAGUUUCAGAACGAACAGACACGAAAUAUCGAAAACGAACAACAGUUAGAGCACAAAACAAAAACAAAUGACAUUGCUGCGAGAGAACUGCAAACCGAAAUUUAUUCUGAAAAUAGGCCCGCAGAACAAUGUGCGGGAACAGUCAAUAACAAGCAGGAAAGACCCCUGUCUAGCGCAUCAUAUUACGGUACAAGCACGUUUCAAGAGAAAGCGCAGGACCCGCAAGUUGCCCGCGAAAUGCUGCGUUUGCAGUGGAAGAUACUGAGAAUGCAGGCAAAAGUUGUCAAGAUACAAGAAAAGAUCAUGAGGAUACAGGCUGAAGACGAGGCGGCAAAGAAAAAUGCAAUGGAGGCUGCAGAAAGAUUGGAGCCACCGUUAGGCCAAAGCUCUAUGGUGGCUGGAGAUGUUUACAUGAGAAAUAAGGAAGUAGAAUUUGAGAUUUCCAGGAAGGAACAUGGAUGAGAAUUGGGUUUCCAAGAAACUCGUACGCUCUAAAUAAUUCACAAAUAUAUUAAAUUGAUAAUUUAUUGAUUUCAUUUUUAUUAACUUGUAAAUAUUAAAAUUUAAAACUGAAUUUUUUAUGAAAAGGGGUGAAUAAAAAACAAAGCAUCUAUGGUGAA